AGCACAGAUGCAGAGAUGUUCUCCAAGGGUACAGUCUCAGCCCGUGACUCUUUUGUCUUUAUCCCCUCAGAGGCUGCUCCAGCGAACCAUGCUGCUGCUCCCGACACCACCAGCCCGGAGAUAAUGCAAUGCCUAUCGGUGACUAUUCUUCGAGGAAAGGACGGCUAUGGGUUCACCAUCUGCUCCGACUCACCUGUACGGGUACAAGCUGUCGAUCCAGGUGGUCCUGCAGAUCUGGCUGGUCUCAGGCAGCUGGACACUGUGCUGCAGCUGAAUGGACAGUGUGUGGAGCAGUGGAAGUGUGCGGAUCUCGCCCAUGCCAUCAGAAGCAGUGCCCGUGAGAUCAAAGUGGUGGUGUGGCGUUCGGGACCCUCCGUGAAGUCCAACUUCGAGGGUCUGAUCCAUCACUCGUACAAGAGCUCCAACUACGACUCUCCCGCGUCUCCUCCCAGAACGAAGCAUGCGGAGAAGACGCCACCUGUACCCCCGCUUCCCGCGCACCUCCGCCACCGGAUAAUGCUCAACGGCUCCGAGGGGGCGAGAGGUGGCGGGAUCGGGGGCACCGGGGCACCAUGGGGUGACAGGAGAGAGGAGGGCAAAUCCAGCACCAGGACACACACUCCGACUCUCAGAGGGACAAGAGUCAAAGGGUCCAACGGGGACAAUUACAUCAUCCUCUCACCCAUCAACCCUGGAGGCCAGAUCCUGACCCAAGUCUAUGGAGACAAUGCUAGCACUCUGGCUGGAUGGAUGUACUCACCAGGAACUGCUAACACGCCCCAGCCCCAUGCAACGCCCAGCCUGGCGAGCAGGACCAACUUCCUGCGCCGAUCAGGCAACAAAUCCAAGUCAGCUGCCACCAGCUUCCAGCCCAGCUCCAACUUCGCCAACUACCAGAACUGCACCAUCGUCCGAUCUCACGCCAACUACGGAGCCUACGUCAAAGUGGCGCCCAAAGUUCUCAUAUUCCCCAUCUUUGUGCAGCCACUGGACCUGUGCAGCCCGACCAGAAUGCUACUAAUCACCGAGGAGAUGAUACUACAUGAGAGCAAACAUCUCUCCAUCAAGGUGACUAUAUUCAUCUACACAGAUCUGAUGUUAGUGACGAGAGAGGAUGAGCCAGGUCGCUGUAAUGUCCUGCAAAAUCCUCUCUUCCUAAAACAGCUCCGGUUAAAGGAGGAUCACAGUGACGAGCUUCGCUUCUAUCUCAUCCACAUGACUGAGAAGUGUGACUGUCUCCUGAGUUUGGAGGCGUACUCUUUGGAGCAAAAGACAAGAGUGUGUCAGUGUCUGAGUGAUAACAUUGAAAGGCAGCUACAGCUGGAGUGCAGAGAGACGUUCAGCCCCUCUGAACAGAUGCUGGAGCCUAAACUGGAUGAACAGUGUGAUCUGGGUGCUCAGUGGCGCCCCUCAGAGGACGAGCACUCGCUCGGCAGCCCGUCUGAUGCCCCGGGGACCACAGGCACCUCGGGUAGCUCUCCUCUGGACGAGACACGGCACCUUGUACCUCCUACGCCUCCACCAUCCACCGAGGGCAGCCUGAGUGACAUCUGGAGGGUGGACAGAGAAGAGGAAGAGGAAAAAAAGAACCCCCUGGAAGAAGAAGAAGAAGAAGAAGAAGAAGAGGAGGAAGGCUCCCACGGCGCUGAAGCAGAUGAGGUCGAGGAGAAGAACGAGAAAUAUGAGGAUUACGACACCAACCCUCCGGCCUCCUCUUCCUCGUCCUUCAUCAUCCCAGAGUUACGCCUGGACCGCUCUUUCAGCACCGACGCUCUGUCCUCGACAGCCACUGAUGAAGAAGACGAGGAUGAGGACGAAGACGAGGACGAGGAGGAUGAAGAUGAGGAAGACAGCGAUGAUAACUACUUGGAGCCUACUAAGAGGAGGAGCAUGGUUGAGGCAAGUUCGUGUGAGAAACACGGAGGCUCUGGAGGUCUGAGCGUCCAGAACUCGCUACGCAGACGCACACACAGCGAGGGAAGCCUCCUGCAGGACCCACGGACCACCUGCUUCACCUCAGACAACGCCAUUAACCGCCUUGAGGUCAACACCGCGAGUAAGGGGGGCUGGACGCUUCCUUCACCCAAAACCCUGAAGAAGGAGCUGACCAAGAACGGAGGCUCCAUGCACCAGCUCUGCAUGCUGUUCUCCGGCAGGAAGCUGAGCGCCGGAUCUGAGUGCAGCUGUGACGUCGACCCUGACGGAACCAAGAAGAAGAAGUCCAAGAACCUGGCCAAAGACAUGAAGAACCGACUGGCGUUCCUGAGGAGAAGGAAUGAAUCUCCAGGAAGCACUCCGGCCAGCAAGCUGGACAAAACUAUGAAGUCAAUCAAGCCCACGCCGGAGGAGGCGCUCAAGUGGGGAGAAUCUCUCGACAAGCUGCUCGUCCAUAAAUAUGGCCUGGCGGCGUUCAGAGCAUUCCUGCGCACCGAAUUCAGCGAGGAGAAUCUGGAAUUCUGGCUAGCCUGCGAGGAUUACAAGAAGAUCAAGUCACAGUCCAAGAUGGCCUCAAAGGCUAAGAAGAUCUUCGCCGAGUACAUCGCCAUCCAGUCCUGUAAAGAGGUGAACCUUGACUCAUACACACGAGAGCACACCAAGGAGAACCUUCAGAAUGUCACGCGCUCCUGUUUCGAACUUGCCCAGCGCCGGAUAUAUGGCCUGAUGGAGAAGGAUUCGUAUCCGCGGUUCCUGCGCUCUGAACUCUACCUGGACUUAGUGAACCAAAAGAAAGCGAGCGCCACGUCCACGGCGUCCUCGUCGUAAGAGGAACCACGGCGCAGGGACGCUUGACAAAAAUAUCUAACUAGCAUUGUGGACACUUUCGUUCUCAUCCACCAUCCUGUCCUACGAUGAGGAGAAUAGAGAGAGGGAGGAAUAGAGGGAUAGAAAGAGGAGACAAUCAGGACGGAGAGACCCCCGAAAGGAAAAGGCGGUUGUCCGAUCCGGAGGCUGAGCAAAAAAGACGUGUGGAGUGUCUGUGUAACAAGCUACAUCAUCUUUAUUAUUAUUAUUAUUAUUAUAAUUAGCAUUAUUAUUAUUGUUAUUAUUAUAUUAUUAUUAUUUAAGUUUGGUUUUGGAGAGAAGUCAAAGUCGAGGACGGGGAUUUGCUCUACGAUGUAAAGACAGUCGGGUACUGUUCUGUCGUUUUUUUAUCCUUCGUGCUCUCGGUACGAUGAAGACACCACUUUAUUUUUGUCGAUCUCACUCUCAAGCCGUCACAGCCGUCAAGGAUCGAUACAGCACCGUGCACGUGGUUCCUUCCCGUCUUUCUUUCCUUCCGUGAUCAUGCACUUCUCAGACGUGGCGUCUCCUUUCUCGUCCCGCCGUUCUGACAGACUUUUAGAGGAACGGACCAAAAACAGAACACGGACUCUCAUGCUUCUGCACGCGGACCGCACUCAUCCGUCCGCAGGUCUGCGAAGGUCAAACGCGUGACAGUAAAUGCUUAGCAAUUCAUUGUAGCUCUAUGUGAGGACUGGACGAGAGGAUUCUCAGGACUGCACGGCACUCGACUAUGAAGCUUUCAGGCUUGUUUUUUUGUAAAUAUUAUAAUAAUUAUUAUUAUUUUUUAUUAGGUUUAAACCUGCACUCCUUAGAUGUUUUUUUUGUUGUUGUUCUUGUUAAUAAGAAAGAUAACGCUUUACCUGUACAGAAAGUCUGCAUAUUUAUUUAGAGCCUCGCUGGAUAUAGCAUUCAGUUCAUUGCACUCAGUUAAACAAAAAAAAAAUGGCACCCCACUCAGCCUCGCCCCUCCCCCGCCCUCUCCCUGUCACACCCCCUUUUUACCCACGAUUCCCAUGAACUGUCCUUAUUGUAAGUGCAAUAUUUUUUUUAAAUAAUAGUUUUUUGUUAGUCUGCUUAUCUAUUGGAUAAAUUUCACUUUGAUGAAUUUUUUUUUUUUUUAUUUUGUCGGAAGAAAAAAAAAUAUUCGACCCGCACGAAGACUGAGUUGCAGUUUUAAGAGUAUUUAGUUCCUAUUAAGUGAGUUAUUCUAACUGUGUAAUCCCUGGCAGCAGGCAGCUGGGGGUUUAUGGAUGUAAAUAUAAUUCUUAAGAAAAGAAUAAAACGACGAAAAAAGACAAAAACACAAGGUCUUGUGGGAAAUGUCCCACGCAAUACAGCUGUAUGUAUGUACAUGUAAAUACUCAGAGCCUCAAAGCUAUAAAAUGACAUGUAACCUUAUCAGAAAAAAAGGGGAAAAGUCCUGGGGUGAAAUCCAGCUUCUCCUCGAUCAUACACUGCUUGUAAGGGGUUUACGAAAUGUAUUUUAUCAUUUUCACUGUUUACAACUCAAACGCAUCUCCGAAAAAUAGCAAGCGAAAAAAGAAGAUAGAGAGAAUACAUUUGGUGUCAUUGUAAAAAAAAAAAAGAAAGAGAAAAAAAGAGAGAAGAUAUAAUAAAAGAGAUGAAUGAUAAAAACUGA